UCACAUGGGUAAGAUACCUCCGUGCCCCGUGACUUGACAGAACGAAAACAAAACCUGCUUGGCUCUUGCUUGGUUCCAGAUUUUUACGGAUUUGAGCUGGAGUUUCCAGAAAUACGGCCAAGUCAACGUUUCCUCUGGUUUUACAACGUAGCUUUGGACAUUUAUCGUGCAAGCUUGAGUCGACUGAGUUAGCGGGAGCUCCUGGUUUACUGAUCUUCCGUGCAGACAGAGCUAGCCUUCAGAAGUGUAAAAGUGGCUCCCUUCUCUGAGGAAAACGUGGAAGACGCAAGUCACGAAUUCUACCUGCGCUUCCUGCUCGCGGCAGCGCCUGGGACGACUCCUGGGCUACAACAGGAGCCAGUGAGCUCUACAAGCAGCCAGCCCAACGCACUGUACAGGCUGGCUCCGGCAGUCCAGGCAGGCUGUCAUGUGAUUGGUCAGGACAGUGCCACAGCAACAACACAGACAGGCCCUGACCAGCCUCCUCCAAAUGCAAGCAUGCCUCAGCCAAGCAUCAGCAGCAUGGAGGCUUCCUACGCCGACCCUUUCAGCGAGUGCGGCAUGUCAUUCAGUCCCGUGGACCAGACGCUCCACCCGGAACUGUACGCCAGCAGCCCGCCGUGCGCCAUGUACGACGCUGACGAGCAGCCAUGUUGGGAGAUGAGUCUGAAGGACAAGCUGGACUACAGUAUCGGGAAGAACCGCUGGGGCUGUGACGACCUGAUGUCCUCCACAGGCACCGUGGACAGCGACUUGCUGUCGUCCUUCAAGUGUGAAAAGUCAGACGGACUCUGGGGCAGCCACGAGUCGGACUUCUUCGGAAUCGACGACACGUCCAGCCCGUACCAGGACAAGAUCGACAUCUCUCACACGCCCACGCUGGCAGAGCUGAACUCGGAGGACUCCCAGUCCAUCUUCGAAUCCUUGAUCCACCCCGAUCUCCAGGAAUUCCUGGGCCAAACAAGUGUGAAGCGCGAAAAGAAGCCAUCUCCGAGCCUGACUGCUGUUGCAAGUCUCCCCUCCACCUUGCAGACCACACCGGCUGUGAAGCAGUCCACCACAACCAGAGUGGCGAACAAUGUGGAUCAGGACUUUGCAGGCACCUUUCAGGUGCAGUACCACGCCAGUGCACCAGGGGUCCCCCCUGCCCCCACCACUCAUACCAUUUCCAGACCACAGACCCUGCCGUGCGAGGCUGACAUGCAGCCCUGCAUGCCGGACCAAACAAAUUGUUCCCAGCUCCAGCAGUUGCUGGUCAAGCCAAGUAUCCCCACCCGCGUGCAGGCUCCAAGAAUCCAAGCCGUUGUUGACCCAAACAAGGUGAUGCCUGCCGUGGCCGUGGCCACCACAAGCAGCAGCGUGGAGGUGGAGCGAAAAUGGGAGGAGGUCAAGAACUUCCUGGAGGGUCCAGACACUGCCUCCCAGCAGAGCAAGCCUGAACUGCAGAGUGUGAAGACAGAGGAGCACAACUACUCCAUGUUUGCUGGAGAGAGUGGCACUGCUGGUGACGUUUAUGAACCAAAGGAGGAGGACAUGGACUCAGACCAUGAUGAGGGGUUUGACAGCGACCAGGGCAGUGAGGAGGAAGAGGAGGGUGACGACAACUCAGGGGACUCUAUGUCUGAGCCAGGUACUCCUACGCUGGACGGCUGCUCCCCGAGCGGAACAGGCAGGAAGCGUCAGCGGUUCUUCUGGGAGUACGGGGAGCACCACCAGCCCGUGCCGCGCACCAUCAAGGAGAAAAUCAAGGACGAGAGCAAGGUCAUUGACCCCGACACUCCUGCCAACCUCCACUUACAGGAGAAGUCUGAGGUGUUUAACCCAGCGCUGACUAAGGGGGCAUCUAAGAAGAUUCGCCGUGGUGACACGGAGGACUUGACACCGAACCCCAGGAAGCUGAUCCUGAUUGGAGAGGAGCUGCGCAAGCUCAACAAGACCAUCAAUGAGCUGACUCCGGUCAGCGAGCUGCCCCUCAGUGUGCGGCCCAAGAGCCGCAAGGAGAAGAACAAGUUGGCCUCCAGGGCCUGCAGACUGAAGAAGAAGGCUCAGCAUGAAGCUAACAAGAUCAAAUUACAAGGCUUGGAGAGUGAAUAUGGAAAGCUGUGCACAGCCCUGAAGGCGAUCAAAAGGGAGAUGGCUCAGACUGUGGGCAGCGAGGAGAGACAGGACGGAGAGCUGGCCUACAGGGUGGACAAGAUCCUCAAGACAGUCAUGGGGAAAAAUCCAAUGGUUGCUGGUCAUACGGGAGAAUUCGUGAACCGCGUGCUUGAUUCUGCACAGGUGGGCGACCGGCGCAACCUGCUCGUGACUCUGGGCGACGCCUGUCUGUAAUUCACGCACAUUAAAUGGUUGCCAUGGCAACAGCAAUAGACUUUGGCCCCGCGGUCGGUGGAAAAUGUUUGGUGACAGGAUCUCAGCAGGACUCACCGCUACACAAGUCCUGGCAUGACUUUACUGUAAAUAUUUAUGACACCAGAAACUACAGGAACGAAUAGUGACAGGAUUGCUAAAUAGUGUAAAAAUUGUAAGCUUGAGUAGCAAACAAGUAUAUCUACACUAAGCAAGGGUGCAUUGCCCUGUGGUGUUACAGUACUACUACAGUUGGGUAGACUAUCCAAGCAUGCACUGAGGAGAAUUGUACAGGUAAUUAUGUCAGCUGCCUGCUUAUUCUAUGGAGAAGAGCCCCACAUAAUGUAAGAUAGUCAUUGCCACACUUACUUUAGUGUAUCUAUUUCUGCACUUCUAUACAUUAAGAGAUGUGGACAUGAUAACCUUAGUACAUACCAGUAUGUAAAAAGAAAACUACCUGAAAAUUGAUAUCUGUAUAGUGCAUACAUACAUAUAUAAAUGUAUAAUAUACACUCGACUAAACUGUGUGAUGUUUAAGUUAGUGUUAUGUUUGAUUUAUUUCAUGCUACUGAUUUGUACAAAGAAUACUUAAAAGUUAAGAUUAGGGUGACCUUGGGUAACCUUGAGUUGACGACUUGUAUUGUUAUGGUUGCCUGGUAAAUGAAAUGUGUUUUCUUCUAGUCUUCUCCAAUAAGGAAUGUGCACAUAAAAUACAUAUUUAUCUUAAAUCACUUCUAUUGUACUCAACGAGAGAAAGGGAAGGAGAGGAAGAUGAGGUUGUGAUGAUACAUGUACGGUGCUGCUAUUGAGGAAGUAACUUGAUUUGUACAAAGUUGAAAAUGUGUCUACCAUAUGUAUGUUAUUGUACUAGACGGCUGGCCCACUACAAUAUUUCUAUACGGGUAGAGAAAAAGCUCUAACUACUGUAGCAUCAAAAUUAUUUAACAGUUACAGGUAUUUAGUAUCAGCAAGUGUGAUACAACUUUGUUGUGAAGAUAUUUGUACAGGAGAUGUGUAAAUAUAUAUAGAGGUGUACAGAAAGUAGCAGAAAGGGGAGAGCAAAGACUUCUAAAUACUUCCUCGGGUCUUCAGUAUCUCUGGUAUCAGGUACAAGACAACCCCCCGCUGUGACUACAAAGGAGUCAUAUUUGAGAUGGAAUAUUUUCAGACUGGACAAUUCAUUCUUGUACAUAGUGAUACCUUCCCAAAUGUUUUUUCAGAGAGAAUAGGCAGAAAUUAACUUAUAUAUUUUACUUCGGAAAAUGAUAUAUCUAUCUUUCACAAACUAGCCUUCAGAAAUGAUGCCGAUCAAUGCAAGUCUGGACAAAUUCCUGAUGUAUCUCCUUGAAGCUGUGUUCAGAAUGGUUACAUGUUAGACUACGGCCGGUUCCAAGGCUGAAAAACUCCACAAACUUUGGUUGUUAUGAUUCAUUCGGUACUCAAGUAAUCCAGCUUCAGCUAUAUUUUGAGUAUCAUUCAUAAACUAUGGUUGUUUCAAGUACAUUAAUUGCAAAGUAUUAAAUCAAAUACAAAUUUCAAAUUCUUUAUCAUAUCCUAGCCCAUGGUAUUUUAGGCUCAGUUUCACCAGUCUGUCAGUUGAAAUUGAUUCUUCUCACAUUUAUGUAUUGCUGGCAGAACUUGAUCAACGACAAUGUAUGAAGUAUUGGAUGCUGCUUCAAGGAUAUACUCUAGUCUUCAUGGAAUGCAAAAAUCAAUGUGUAGAACCCCUUCAUGGUGUGAGCUUCCCGGAGAAGUGAGCCAGGCCUUCAUGUAAGGAGGUUGAAGUCUGUAAUGUGGUGGUACUGAGCUUAGGAGUUGCUGCAAGGGGGUGGUGGAGGUGUUGGGCCUAAGGAAUAAAUGUUGUGUUUCCCAAUUAGCCCUAGGAAAAGCUGCUGACCCUAGCCUUUUCUUUAGGUUAACCACUGACAAGGCCAUAAAACUUUGGAUCUGACAUAUGAAUUUUAAAAGUAUGAAAUGUUAUGCAUUUUCCUAAAGAAAAUUUCUAUUGAUUAUAUUUGGAAUAUUUGUCCCUUCCCCACAAGAACAUUGACAGGUCCUUGAGAUAGACCAGAUGCAUCAGUUUCACAUGUACAGCCAUAUUUGAUUGAUAACUUCUCAAUCAGCCAAAAUCUAGAAAAAAAAAGAAUACCCACCUGUCCAAUUCUUUUUCCAGGACUGAUAUUGGAAAAACAACAUUUUUAUCUAGGCCUUGUUGUUUUGAAACAUACAUUAACCUUUCUGCAGGGAAGAGCUAGUCUUUUGACACAAUGUGAGCGGGCAGUUUAUCUUCAUUAAUGUAUUUGGUUAUUUGUGGGUAAACAUUUGUAUAUUAGGCUGUAUUGAGCUUUAUGCUUGGAAAAGAGGAAGGCUUUCUGGUCCAGCCAAUGCUCUACAAGUUUUGCUAAAAAAAUUUGCUUUGAAAAUGGAUGAUGUUACCAGCUUUUUUUGCUCAUGUCCCAGCUCAGUCUUAUUUUUUCCCUGUAACAUCAGGAGAUGGUCCAUGAGUUGGGGGCAUGCAAGAGAAAAAAACAGUAUAAACAGUGCCUAGGACCUUCUAUCUCAACAAAAUAGUUAAAAUUUAGUAAACUGUGCUAGAGAGCACUUCAUAGCAAGAGCAAUCUUAUUAUUGAACAGAGAUCCCACAAAAUGAACUGCAUAAUUACAUAGGCUAGUGCCACCUAACAAAUGCAGCGGAUGGCUAGACAUGAAUUUAUUUUCUGAACUGUGAUCAAAUAGUUUCCCAAACGAAAAUGUUCUCAACAGAUUGACAUUGCCAAAUUUUUUAUCAAACAUGAAAGUUAUGUUACUAUUUUUGAAAAAAAAUAUUAUUUUGGCUGGCACCAAAUAGCCACGCUUCCCAAGUUGGACUGGACUGAAACCAUAGUGCACAAGACCAGGCUAGCCUCCCCACUUACCACAGUAACCCUUGUAGCAAACCUGAAACUGUCGACAUGUCAUCAGAAUGCAGAAAUAUGUAGAUGUGUCAUCAGAAACACAAGCAAUUCCAAGACAAAAGUGUGAAGAAAGUAAACUAUUCAGACACCAUGUUUUAUUUAUCUAAGCCUUUGAUGAUGUCUUAGUCACAACAUAGAGGCAUGCACGCCUAAAUAAUAUGUGGGGUUCUUUGAAAAUGGUUGCCACGGCUUCUUCAACCCUGUAUGAUGCUGUUUGUUUACAAGCUCUGGUAUCUAAUAAAGAAUGACUUCAGGAA